AUGACAUAUCUUUAUAUCUUUUUUGAUGCAAUAUCUUUUUCUUCAAUGACAUUGCCUGCUGUUUACAAGCCACCAUUGAGACCAGAAGAUGAUGUGCUUCCUCCCCCGCCACCAAUCAUGUCUGGGUAUCCAGAUGAAAAUUUCCCUCCUCCUCCCCCACCUCCUGAACUAGUUCGGGGUCAUGCUUACAUUGACAGAAAUGAUUCCUACCCUUUACCCCCACCACCUACUAGUCAUGACUAUGAUCCCAAAGGCCCAGCUACAAGAAACACCAACUAUUCGCAACAGACUAACUAUGGCGGGACGUCAAGUCCUACUUAUGAUGCCCGAGCAAUACUUGUGACGGCUCCAUCUGGUUACAAUAGAGGUGAGGGUAAUCAGUCAAAUUAUGUCAACCAGACAGAUAUCCGCUCAGUAGCCCCACCACCACCACCACCAAACAGUAUGUCCAAUUAUGUAAAUGUGCACAAUAAUCCAGGUGCAGCGGCCGCAGGCAUGAACCCUUCUGUUCCUGUAAAUACAUACACCCCUAUUACUCCAAAUGUAACAUCAUCACAGUAUACCUCCCGCCCUGUAGGUCCCUCUAAUCCUGGAGCUUAUGGACAUAACGUACCAAGAUCUGCAGUUUUUGAGUCCUCUGCACCCAUGCCAAAAAGUGAUGACCCUGGCACCCUCACUCGAAAAAGUGGGAAAGAAGCUGAAGUGGAUGCUUUGACCAAUCUGCUGAUGCAAAAUAUAGAAUCAGCUGGAGACCCUGAUUUCUUUGGUAUGUGUGCCAAAUGUGGACGUAAAGUUGUCGGACAAAGCAAUGGCUGUACUGCGAUGGACCAAGUCUUCCAUAUAAACUGUUUUGUAUGUGCCAGUUGUGGAAACAUUCUUCGUGGGAAAUCCUUUUAUGCCAUUGAAACAAAACCUUACUGUGAGCCUUGUUAUGUGAAUACGUUGGAAAAAUGUUCUGUUUGUUCCAACCCAGUUAUUGAUCGAUUAUUACGUGCAACUGGCAAGCCUUAUCACCCAGCCUGCUUCACGUGUGUUGUCUGUGGCAUGAGUCUGGAUGGAGUGCCAUUUACUGUUGAUGCUACAAACCAAAUUCAUUGUAUUGAAGACUUUCACAAAAAAUUUGCUCCCCGCUGCUGCGUUUGUCAACUUCCAAUCAUGCCUGAUCCUGGCAAGGAAGAAACUGUCCGUGUUGUCGCAAUGGAUAAGAGCUUCCACGUUCAGUGCUAUUGUUGUGAGGAUUGUGGCUUGUUAUUAUCAUCUGAAACCGAAGGUCGAGGAUGUUACCCAUUGGACGACCAUAUUUUGUGCAAACAUUGCAAUGCCAAGCGGAUCCAAACAUUGACCACAAAGAUGGCUACAGAGCUCAGCAAGCAGACACUUUCACUGCCUAUCUCUCUUUCUCUCUCUCUCUCUCUCUCUCUCUCUCUGGUCAACUGCUUGUCAACUCACUUCACCUAG